AUGGAUCCGAAUAAAAUUAAAAAUGCAUCAGAGGGUAUUGCUCCAAUGGGUAUAACAGCCUUAAAUGAAACAGUACUUAGCAAUCAACCAGAAUCUCGAUAUGAAUGUCCAGUAUGUCUUAAUUGGUUACGGGACCCUGUUAUCACAACUUGUGGCCACAAAUUCUGUAAGAGUUGUAUCACUUCUUGGUUACAGAAUAGUGGCCAUUGUCCGAUAGAUAACAUAAACCUUAGUAUGAAAGUAGAUAUCUUUCCAGAUAACUAUACUAAAAGAGAAAUACAGGAACAAAGAAUGUCUUGUCCAUUUGCAUCUAAAGGUUGUGCAGUAAAAGUAACUCCAUUAGACCUAGAUUCACAUAUAUCUAUUUGUGAAUACAAUCAGCCUGAAAUGUCUUCUCAAUCAGAAGUGAAAGUUCCAUGCUCAUUCCAAGCAGUUGGAUGUAAAGAGACAUUUAACAGCCAAGAAGAAAUGAAUACUCAUCUUCAUAAUGAUAUUCAAAAUCAUAUGAGUUUUUUAAUGAAUGCUUACUCAAAAAUCCAAAUAGAUAAUGAUAUAUCAAACGCAAGUAUAGAUGCAAAAGAACAAGAAGCCAUGAGCCUGUGGGAGGCACCCAACAAAGAUGGCACUCAAACAUCCACUCCACCUUUAAAUAAUACCAGUGCCCUUAUAAGAGCUUUAUAUGAACGGGUAGUAGUACUAGAACAAAGAAAUCGGGAACAAGAUAUAGUGAUAGCAAACAUGUCUAAACAGCUCUCUGCCUUUGCUGUAGCUAAAAUGAAACAAAAUAAUGAUAUGCUUCUACGAUAUUGCAUGGGAAAUUAUAUAUGGAAGAUAGAUAACUUCAAGGCGAGAUGCGACGCCAUGUUGAAAGAUAAUUUUAAAAUGUUGUACAGCCCUGGCUUCUAUACUUCGCCGAAUGGAUACAGAUUCUGCGUGCGUCUCAACAUAUCCCCACAAAACCCGCGAUGCUUCGCUCUCCACUUGCACCUGAUGCAAACGGAGCACGACGGUUGUUUAGAAUGGCCUUUCAAUGGCCGCAUCACCAUCGUCAUGGUGCACCCUCGAGACCUGGACCUCUCCCAGAGAGACACCAUGAUGUCUAACUCCACCCUCGUGGCCUUCAGACGACCCCUCUCAGAGAUAUGCCCUCGAGGGUUUGGGUACACGGAGUACGCGGUGGUUAAGGACGUGGUAGCUAACGGGCAGCAAAUGUUAACGAAAGAUCAGAGGGAGCUGCUUGAGUCGCCUGGGAAGUGCAUCAUGUCGCCGCCGCAGCUCGGCGUGGGGGACGACGGCGGGUCCAGAGACGCGCGGGACGCAGAGCUGAAGCUACUCGAGCUUAGUUCUUCCUGUUCCGGCUCAAACCUACCUGAUAUACCUGGAAUUGAUAGAUUG